CAACGUCCAGCGCCGUCAGUCGCGUACGGCGCGUGGUGCCGUGAACAUCUUCUUCGUGGUGGUGGUGGUGGUGGUGGUGUUCCUCGCAAGCGGCGUGUUUUGAUCGCGCGGGCGACGCGCUCGCUCGCUCGCGCCGCGACGUUACGACAGGACCUCUGAUAUCGCGCUGAUCGGAGCGGCGCUCCGAAUGUCGCGGCCGUGCCAGUUUCGUCUGUGACGGGGGUGUGCGCGAGAGACUGCGAGGAGACUUGUGUGCAUUUUUCGCGUGGUAUCGCGUGGGACGAGAACGAGGCCAUGGACGCGUGGAUGUACGACGUGGUCUGCAUGAUGUCUGAUGCCACUACGGAAAGCAUGAUCGGGAAUAACAGGACGAUGCCGAAUAUUAAGCAGGAAAUCGAUAACCCGACAACACCCACGCAGAAUUAUCAAGUGUGUUCGCCGACCACAACUCUUCAACAUCAGGAGGCAAUAUGCACUAAGUUGGACAUUGGAACGGAUUAUGGCGGUGGUAGUAAUGGUAGUCCUGAGAGUCCCGAGAUGCAUCAUUGUUCCUCAACGACGCAGCCCUUGGGAACUCCAGACGAUGGAGUUAAGGAAGAAGACAUGUUGCCCAGAAGACUUUGCCUCGUCUGCGGUGAUGUCGCGAGCGGUUUUCACUACGGGGUCGCUUCGUGCGAAGCGUGUAAGGCGUUCUUCAAGAGAACUAUACAAGCCAGUAAUUUUACAGGAAACAUCGAGUAUACUUGCCCGGCGAAUGGCGAAUGCGAGAUUAACAAACGAAGGCGGAAGGCUUGUCAGGCUUGUAGAUUUCAGAAAUGUUUGCGACAAGGGAUGCUGAAGGAAGGCGUGAGGUUGGAUCGCGUUAGAGGCGGUCGACAAAAAUACAGACGAUCUGCUCCAGAUCCAUACACGCCGAUCAAAAGCAUCACAUUGGAAGAUAACAAGAUGGUCGAAGCCUUAUCGGCCUGUGAACCGGACAUGCUUCAAGUGUCGAAUAUCUCACAUACACUGGACACAGAUCAGCGAGUUCUCGGUCAAUUGUCGGAUCUCUAUGAUCGAGAAUUGGUUGGCAUAAUCGGCUGGGCAAAACAGAUCCCAGGAUUUAGCAGCUUAGCACUGAACGAUCAAAUGCGACUUCUGCAGAGUACUUGGGCCGAGAUAUUAACCUUCACUCUGGCGUGGAGAAGUACGCCGAACAUCGGCAGGUUGAGGUUCGCACAAGAUUUUACGCUAGAUGAGAGACUUGCGCGCGAGUGCCAUUGUAUGGAGCUUUACACACACUGUAUACAAAUCGUUGAGAGGAUUCAACGAUUGGGCUUGACGCGGGAAGAGUACUAUGUCCUGAAAGCGUUGAUCUUAGCGAAUAGUGACGCCAGAUCCGACGAGCCGCAGGCUCUCUAUCGUUUCCGAGACUCUAUCUUGAAUUCCCUGUCGGACUGCGUCGCGGCUGUGAGACCUGGCCAGGCUCUCCGCGCUACGCAGAACAUGUUCCUAGUGCUGCCCAGUCUCAGACAGGCCGACGGGAUCGUCAGACGAUUUUGGUCCAGUGUGUACAGAACGGGCAAAGUACCGAUGAACAAGCUGUUUGAGGAGAUGCUGGAGAACGUUUGCUAUCGAUGAGAUACAUGUAGUCGCAGAUUCGAUAACUCAAUGAGAUUCAUCACCAUAGUAAUGCCGCUUAUUGUAAGUUGAUGAUUACCAACAUGGUAUCAACAUGAUUGUUAUUAUGUAACAUCGACACGGAGACAUGCCGCUUCGACAUGCCGUUGUGGUGCUGAAGACGCCAGUGAGUGGUAGUGUGUGGGAGGAAUCAUGCGAAACACAGAGUUAUCGGUCUUUCUUCACAAUUCGUUUUAUUUUCUAAUAAACUCACAAAUCUUUA